CUCGGUCUCAGUUUCCCUUCAAUAUACGAACAUACUUCUGUCACCUGUGAUUCAACCAUUGUCCCAUUGUUCCCUUAUUACUACUCUAUCCUCGUUCAGUUACUACUCUUCUUGUGCUUCUCCAUCUCUCUUUCUUUCCACAGCACCACGUCGCGACAACAUCAUUUCCAUCUCCUCUCCGGCGCCAUCACCACAACUUCCCAUUAAUUCACCGCACCGCGCCACUCUCCACCGACCACCCAAACAAGAACCGACAACCCAACCAGAAAGAAACUCCCACCAACGGAAAGACCUCACCACCAUGGCCGCCCCGAAAUUCUCCUCCCAACCGCCCGAGACGCCCAACUUCCUCCUCACCUAUCCGCUCCCACACGUCCUCCUCGUCACCAUCAACCGCCCGCGGGCCGCCAACUGCCUCACCUACGCCAUGUCCUGGGAAGGCGACGCGCUCUUCCGGUGGUACGACGACGAGCCCAGCCUGCGCGUCGCCGUCAUCACCGGCGCGGGCAAGGCCUUCUGCGCGGGCCAGGACGUCGCCGAGCAGGGCAUGAACGUCAUGCUGUGGCAGCAGAAGAAGGCGGGCGAGGACGUCGAUCUCCCCGAGGUGGGCAACUCCGUGUUCCCCUCGGGCGGCUUCGCGGGCAUCAGCAGGCGCCAGGGCAAGAAGCCGAUCAUCGCGGCGGUGAAUGGCGUUGCGAUGGGCGGUGGCUUCGAGCUCUGCCUGGGAAGUGACAUGGUCGUCGCCUCGCCCAAAUCCAUCUUCGGCCUCCCCGAGGUCAUCGUCGGAAUCUACGCCGCCACCGGCGGUCUCUCGCGCCUGGUGCGGCAAGUCGGGAUGGUCGUCGCCUCGGAGAUCGCCAUGGCCGGCCGGAACCUCUCGGCGGCCGAGGCGCUCUCCUACGGCCUGAUCAACCGCGUCGCCGCCAGCCCCGAGAGCGUCGUCGACGAGGCGCUGAAGCUCGCCGCCAAGGUCGCCGCCGCCAGCCCGGACAGCAUCAUCGUCACGAGGAUGGGCCUGCGCGAGAGCUGGGAGGAGGCGAGCGUGGAGCGCGCGACCCAGAACCUGGACAACCUCUACAAGGCGAAGAUGUUCGACAGCCCGAACGUCAUGAUCGGUAUCCAGGCGUUUGCCGCGAAGAAGAAGCCCGAGUGGCUGCCGUCGAAAUUGUAGACGAAGAGAAGGAGGGAGGAGAUAUUAUACCAGUUGUUGUCUUAUUAUUACUAUUAUUACGAAAAAACAAUUUAAGAAACCUUUCAAUUACAA